ACGCGCCCGGGGGCGGGGUGCGCCCAGCCCGGCCCGGCCCCGAUCCCGAUUAGCCAGCAACGAACAAGCCCCGCCCCGCCUCUUCGGGGCGCCUCUGACGUCAUGGAACGUCAUGAGUGUGGCGUGGGGGGGGGCUGGGCAGCUGGGGUUGCGCUCCGCUCCCAGGAGCGCCCGCGGGGGGGGAGGAGGCGGCUGCCCCCGGGACAGCGGGGCGGGGCGGGGCGAGGGGGGACACAGCGUGCGCUGCCUUCUCUGCGGCCCGGAUCGCUUGUUCCCGUGCUGCUGCGAGGCCGCGCAGACUGGACACUGUGGCAGGUGCGAGCACAGAGCAGCGAGAGCCCAGGUCCUGGCGGAGAGGCCUCUGCCGGGGCAGACGGUGGAUGCACUGGAGCCCGUGGCAGCCCUGCUGCAGCCGGAGGUGACGCCGGAGGAGAAGGCCCCGGGGGGCUCCGGGCAGGACAAGUCCCUUGUCUCGUCCAGACUGGCACCGGGGACGCUUCCAAGGUGCGGCGGGUGCCACGUAUCAACCAGCCACUGCAGGAGGAGCCGGUCCAGCACCGGGAGAUGCAGGGGCAGGCAGUGAUGCAGGCCAUGCAGCCCCCGUCUGAGGCCGAUUCCCCCAGAGACCCCCCAGCCGGGGCCGGGGCCGAGCUCCCCGGCCCAGAGCCCUGGCGCCAGCGCUUCCGGGGCCUGUGCUACCGGGACGCCCCGGGGCCGCGGGAGGUGUGCCGGCGCCUGCAGGAGCUGUGCCGGGGCUGGCUGGAGCCCCAGCGCCGCAGCAAGGAGCAGGUGCUGGAGCUGGUGGUGCUGGAGCAGUUCCUGGCCAUCCUGCCCCCGGGCAUGCGGAGCUGGGAGUGGGGGCGCAGCGUGCAGACCUGCGCCCAGGCCGUGGCCCUGGCCGAGGGGUUUCAGCGGGGGCUGGAGGAGGACGAGAAACGCCAGGUCGCGGCGCGGGGGAAGGUGCAGGACGUGGGCGCAGAGGAGAUGCCGCCCCUGGGGGCGCGGCGGGAGCCUGGCGAUGCCUGGCGGGAGCAGCCCCAGGCCCGCGGUGCCGACAGGCCGCUGGAGAAGGCAGGACACAGGGAGACGCCGGGGCCUCAGGACCCCGAGGAGGAGCCCCCGCCCCGCCAGGAGUCAGACUGCCCCAAAACAGAGGAGACCUGGGAGAUGUCAGCAGAUGAAAGCUCCUCGGGCUGCUGCCCCAGACGAGGCCCUUCCCCAGGAGCAGGUGCCGGGACCCUGAGCAGAGCUGAGCAGAAGCGUCCUGGAGAAGAGCCUGUAACCCUGGAGCUGCACAGGGCUCCCCCAGGGAGCCUGGAGGAGAGGGGCUCCCCGACACGUGAGCUGGGCCAACUGCAGAAGGGGCAGGGCAGGCCUCCAAGGCAAGAGCUCCGGGAGGUGUUUGAGGACGUGGCUGUGUACUUCACGCAGAAGGAGUGGGAGCUGCUGGAAGAUGAAGACAAGGUGCUUUACCGGGACCAGAUGCUGAAGAAUUUCGACGCCUUCAUUUCCCUGGGAUAUCAGGGUCCCACACCUGACUUAAUCUGCAGCAUCCAGAAGGGACAGGUGGAGCUGUGGGUCGGUGAUGAUGAGGAUGGUGGGGAAAUCUCAGGGCCCAAGGACCUGCUGUCAGGAGGCGCCUGGCUGCUGAGCAGAGCUGAGGAGCAACCUCCUGCGGAUGGGGCUGCAGACCUGGAGCCAGCAGGGACUUCCCCAGGGAGUUUGGCUGAGAUGGACCCCCUGACACCCGAGGAGGAUCAGUGGCACAAGAGUCAGGGGAGGCCCCAAAAGCAGAAGGGGAAUGAAGCGGUGAACCAGCACCGACGCACCCACCUGGGCAGGAAGACACACCGCUGCACUGAGUGCAAGAAGAACUUCAUCUGCUGGCAAGACCUGUCCCAGCACCAGUGUGGGCAGCACUGCUGCACCAAGUGUGGGAAGAGAUUCAAGCAGCUCUCCAACCUGGCUAGGCAUUGGUGCAUGCACACGAGGGACCAGCCACAUCAGUGCUCAGAGUGUGGGAAGAGCUUCACCCGAUCCUCUCACCUGGCCCAACACAAGCGCAUCCACAUGGGGGAGAAGCCACAUCAGUGCUUGGAGUGUGGAAAGUGCUUCCCCCGAUCCUCUGACCUGACCAAACAUUGGCUCAUCCACACAGGGGAGAAACCACACCAGUGCUCGGAGUGUGGGAAGAGCUUCUCCCGACCCUCUCACCUGGCCCGGCACCAGCGUAUCCACACAGGGGACAAGCCACAUCGGUGCUCAGAGUGUGGGAAGAGCUUCUCCCGACCCUCUCACCUGGCCCGGCACCAGCUCAUCCACACAGGGGGGAAGCCACAUCAGUGCUCGGAGUGUGGGAAGAGUUUCACUCAGUCCUUGAGCCUGGCCCAGCAUCAGCAAAUCCACAGACGGGAGAAGCGACAUUGGUGCUCGGAGUGUGGGAAGAGCUUCCCUCGAUCCUCUGACCUGACCAAACACCAGCUCAUCCACACCGGGGAGAAGCCACAUCAGUGCUCGGAGUGCGGGAAAAGCUUCAACCGAUCCUCUAACCUGGCCCGGCACCAGCUCAUCCACACCGGGGAGAAGCGACAUCAGUGCUCCGAGUGUGGGAAGACCUUCACCCGAUACUCCUACCUGGCUCAACACCUUCUCACUCACACCGGGGAGAAGCGACAUCAGUGCUCAGAGUGUGGGAAGAGCUUCACCCGAUCCUCCCACCUGGCCCAGCACCAGCGUAUCCACACAGGGGAGAAGCCACAUCAGUGCUCAGAGUGUGGGAAGAGCUUCACCCAGUCCUCUAACCUGGCCCGGCACCAGCUCAUCCAUAUAGGGGAGAAGACAAAUCAGUGCUCGCACUGUGGGAAGAGCUUUGCUUGUUUCUCCUCCCUGGCCCAGCACCAGCUCAUCCACUUGCAAGAGAAGCCACAUCAGUGCUCAGACUGUUGGAAAAGCUUCACCCGAUCCUCUAAUCUGACCAAACACCAGCUCAUCCACACAGGGGUGAAGCCACAUUAGUGCUGAGAGUGCAGGAAGCACUUCCUCCACUCCUCCAAACUGGCCCAGCACCCGUGCAUCCAGAUCUGGGAGCAUCCAUCAUUCUGCCAGCAAUGCAAGAAGGGCUUGGGGAUGUAUACUAGCUCAACACCCACCCAUGUCUGCAUCCAGGGAAGUGGUCUCAUGGUGGUGAGAUGCAGCAACAAGUUCACCCUUUGUUCAGCCCUUCUAGGGCACUGCAGGUCCCAAAGGACACAAAGCCUGGCCUCCCAGGAUUUAUGUGUAUGAAGGGUUAAAAGGAAACGCUUCAGGCAGAGGCCAGCCCAGAUGCUGGGGAACCAGUGAGGAGAAGAUCUUUGCAUCAGUCUUGGAGCCUGUGGCAUCCCCGUCGUUCUCCAAAAGCAGCUGGUGCUCCCACGGGGAGAAGUACCUGCACAGUAGGUGCCCUCCCCAAGACAGCUGGCUCCAAAUGACCCCCAGGGACUGUCUUUGGCCAGCUCCCAGCUUCACCUUCCCUCCUGGUCCCAGGGUCCUUGUAUGUGAGGCUCUGGAGUUGCAGGGAGGAGGACAUAGAUUGCUAGGGACGCAUUCCCUGCCUUCCCCCCUGACCUUGCCUUUCUUCCCCACCACAUCACCCCUCUCCCAGGCCUGCACGUGCCCACCGGGGUCUGCAAGAAACUGCUACAGCCACCCCGUGAGCCCAGUUUUGGCAGGUUUUGCUUCUCAGCCCCUUGUCACGACUCUGCAUCAGCAGGUGCCAGCUGCCCCCCUGCCCUCCUUCCCUUCAUGCCAUUCUGUAUAACAAUUUCCUUGGUAAUCAAGGCCCACAGCUUAACACGAUACCCCUGUGGUUGGUCUCUCUGUCCUCUGCAGAGCUGUGAAAUGGGAACAGACCAGGGCUCAGAACCCUUUCCAUGAAAGAUCUCUGUGAUUUCUCAGCUCCUUCCCUAUCCAGGGGAUUCACCACGAUCCAGGGGGGUUUGCUAAGCUGCACGAGUUGGUCAUAUUUGAGGCAUCAGCCCCGUGUUCUUCUGUGCAGCCAAGGGCCCUGCCCUUUUGAAUGACCCUCUGGCCAGGGGGAAGCAGAGUCUCUUCUCUGGGUUGAAUGUGCUAGGUGGGGUAACGGAGGUGCCGCCUGUGACAGGUCCUGGCCCUUCUGUGGAAGGGCAGGGAAAGUACGAAGGUGUGCUCUGGGUGAAACGCAGCAUGUUGUAAUCUCCCAUUGGGAAUAUCUGAUGACAGCCCUAGGAUUGGUAGCUAUAGAAUGGUUUGAUUAUUUGUAUUGUCGUUUUUCUGUUCUUACUCUGUAUUAAUACAUUUGCCUAUUAUCA